AUGUCUGGAAAACGUGGACGCCGUCAUCGCGGAGGAAUCAACAAACGCAAACCACCAAUGCCCAUCUAUCCAGCAUUUGCCCAAGCACCCAUAAAACCCCCAUUUUUCGAUAUGGUCAUGUUGCAAGAUUCGUUUGACGGAACAAAGAAUAACCUGGAUGCCGCGUUUGAAAAAGAGAUUAUUGAUAAAGCAAAGCUUCUUCAACCAACAGCAGUGGUUAAAGCAAAAGUUGGUGAGCUCACAGAGCAUAUUAUCAAUGCGCUAAACUUGGAAAAAGAGGAGAAAACUUUGGCGGAUGUUGUGAUAAAUCAUGUGGCCAAAGUUGGAAGUUUCAAUACAGAUACAACUUUAAACACUUCUGCUAAAUCCGAUAUUGCACUUCAGUUAUGCACCUUACCUUCUUGUGAGUUUUUUGAAUAAAUUUUCCUGAAAAAAAUCGGAAAACCUUCAGUUGAAACCCUCUCCGCCAUCAGCAAGCGAGUAAUCGAAAAUAUUCAACAAAAAUCAAAUUUCAAAGAUGUGAUAACUGCCGUCAAUCAUGAUUAUGGAUGUUGUAUAAUGACGCCCAAUGCGCAAGCUCGAAUUCUAGUCACAAUUUUGCCAGAAAUUUCGGAAAAAUUGGAGCCGGACUUGCAUUUGGGGGAGAAGAAGUUGAUGCUGAAUUAUUUUUCGAUUCGCCACUCGGAAUGGUUCCAAGAAGUUAUUGAAAGUAUCGAUUCGUUUACACUUUUGGAGUUGCGAAGUUUGAUUCGAGUUUUGAGACAUGCUAAGAAUCGAUUUAUGGAUUUGCAAUCGUUAUCGAUUUGGAAUAUUCAUUUUUUGGUGAGUAAUUUUAAGAAAAGAGCUGAAAAUUUUGUUUUUGUAUAGUUUUUCACGCUGAGAAAGAUCAUGUCUUCAGUUUUUGCUGAGCGACUCUCCGAAGAGCCCAAAUGAGCCAAACGUUGCGGAUUUUCUGAAAAUUCGUGGUUUUGAGAGCCCGUAACUCAAAAAACUGAGUACAGGGCUACCAAACUCAAAAGUUUUGACAAAUUUUUCCAAAAAAAACGUCAGCAAAUCUAAAAGCUACUAGAAAUGCGUCAGCAAAUCUAGAAACUAUCUGAAAUGCGUCAGCAAAUCUAGAAACUACUAGAAAUGCGUCAGCAAAUCUAGAAGCUACCUGAAAUGCGUCAGCAGAUCUAGAAGCUACUAGAAAUGCGUCAGCAAAUCUAGAAGCUACCUGGAAUGCGUCAGCAACUCUUGAAGCUACUAGAAAUGCGUCAGCAAAUCUAGAAGCUACUAGAAAUGCGUCAGCAGAUCUAGAAGCUACUAGAAAUGCGUCAGCAACCUAAAAUUUAAAAAAUUCGUCAGAUUCGUCAGAAAUUCUCAACUUUUUGCUCAUUUUUGGGCUCUUCAGAGAGUGGCUCAGCAAAAACUGGAAAUAGGAUUUUUAUCAGCGUGAAAACUGUACAGAAACUUUUAUGUCUCAUUGAAAAUCUAUAAACAUGAGCAAUGCUCUAUACGUCUGAUUUUUACCUCGAAAACUGAAAAAUUUUGAGGUUGAAAAUAUCAAUCUAAUAUGAGCAAUGCUGGUUCAAACAUUGCUCAUAUUAAAAUCACAUUUUUUUCCUAAUUUUAAUCAUAGAAAUUCCCCCAAAAAAGUGUUUUUCCCAGGCCUUCUACUCUCUCCUCAACGGUCCACGUGGCACCAAAGUCAACCUCGGCACCGCAUUCCGUCGCUUCUUCGAACUCCUCGCCGCCGGCAUUCUCCUCCCGAAAACCCGCUGCAUGAUCGAUCCAACCAGCAAAUCCAUGCAAAUCGGCUGGGAACUGACCAACGCGCAACGCGACGCCCUCACAAUGGCCGGUCAAACUAUGGUCCGCAUUUUCGCCACCGGCAACGAUGGAUAUCGCGCAGUGUUGGGCACACUUGCCACAUGUCAAGGCGUCGAUUUGACGCAACAAAAAUCGGCGUGGAAUGGGAUUGUUGUGGAGCCACUUCGUGAUGCUUUCAAGGAAGGAUGUAUGGAUCCUUAUUUAAUCGAACCGGGUUUUGUGGAAAUUUAA